CAUUCGCACACCCGCGCCACCCCCAAAACCCUAGCCGCCGCCGCCGCCCGCCGCCGCCGCCAUGGCCGCCCAGACCCGCCCGCUCGUCUCCGUGAAGGCCCUGGAGGGCGACAUGGCCACCGACAACAGCGGCAACCUGGCGCUCGCCGAGGUGUUCCGCGCGCCGCUCCGCCCCGACGUGGUCCGCUUCGUCCACAGGCUGCUGUCGUGCAACAAGCGCCAGCCGUACGCCGUCUCCCGCCGCGCCGGCCACCAGACCUCGGCGGAGUCGUGGGGCACGGGGCGCGCGGUGUCGCGUAUCCCGCGUGUCCCGGGGGGCGGCACGCACCGCGCCGGGCAGGGAGCCUUCGGCAACAUGUGCCGCGGCGGGCGGAUGUUCGCGCCCACCAAGACCUGGCGCAAGUGGCACCGCCGCGUCAACGUCCACCUCCGCCGCGUCGCCGUCGCCUCCGCCCUCGCCGCCACCUCCGUCCCGUCCCUCGUCCUCGCCCGCGGCCACCGCAUCGAGGCCGUCCCCGAGCUCCCCCUCGUCAUUUCCGACUCCGCCGAGUCCAUCGAGAAGACCUCCCAGGCCAUCAAGAUCCUCAAGCAGGUCGGCGCCUACGCCGACGCCGAGAAGGCCAAGGACUCCGUCGGCAUCCGCCCCGGCAAGGGUAAGAUGCGCAACCGCCGGUACAUCAACCGCAAGGGCCCCCUCGUCGUCUACGGCACCGAGGGCUCCAAGAUCGUGAAGGCCUUCCGCAACCUCCCCGGCGUGGACGUCGCCAACGUCGAGCGCCUCAACCUGCUCGACCUCGCCCCCGGUGGCCACCUCGGGCGCUUCGUGAUCUGGACCGAGAGCGCCUUCAAGAAGCUCGAGGAGGUGUACGGCACCUUCGAUGCGCCCUCGCUGAAGAAGAAGGGCUUCAUUCUGCCGAGGCCCAAGAUGGCCAAUGCUGAUCUUGGCAGGAUCAUCAACUCUGACGAGGUGCAGUCUGUGGUGAAGCCCCUCAACAAGGAGGUCAAGCGCAGGGAGAAGAGGAAGAACCCGCUCAAGAAUGUCGCCGCUGUGCUCAAGCUCAACCCCUACUUCGGCACUGCCCGCAAGAUGGCCACCCUUGCUGAGGCCGCCCGCAUCAAGGCCAGGAAGGAGAAGCUUGACUCCAAGAGGACCAAGCUUAGCCCGGAGGAGGCCGCAAAGGUUAAGGCUGCUGGAAAGGCAUGGUACAAGACCAUGAUCUCAGACAGCGACUAUGCUGAGUUUGACAACUUCUCGAAGUGGCUCGGUGUGUCGCAGUGAGCGUUGUCUUUUUUAAGUUUUGAGUAGCAGCGUUACCGAUCUUAUCUCAAGGAUUUACCAAUCUGUUUUUACCUGAACAUCUAUCUCCAUAAGAAGUUUUCUGUGGGAUUUUGAGACUAAGUCAGCUCCGUUUUGUUAAUGUGUUGUCGUGAGAACAUAGCGUAUGAUGUGGUUCGGACCAGCUAUCUAAAUUAUGUUUGCACUUCCCAAGUUCUCUGUGA